CCAACACGCGAUAUAUACUUCACUUUCGGAAUAGAUGAAGAAAUUGGUGGAGAUAUGGGCGCGGGCAGAGUCGCAAAGUACAUGGCCAAACAUGGAAUAAAUCUUGAGCUUCUAGUUGAUGAGGGAUUCGCUAUGAUAAACGGAACUCAUGCAUAUCUAAAUAGACCUGUUGCUGUCGUAGGCAUAUCAGAAAAGGGAAUUUUAAACCUGGAUUUAGAAAUAAAAGCACCAGGUGGUCAUGCAUCUAUACCUCCUCCAUCAACCGCUAUUGGAAGAAUGUCUAGGGCGAUUGUUGCACUCGAAGAUAAUCCCAUGCCAAUGUCCAUAAGUGGUCUGAACAAAGAACUUCUAAGAAAGCUGGCUCCUGAACUUUCUUGGCCAUAUCGUGUGUUGCUUAGUAAUUUGAAGCUCAGUAGCUACUUUCUGAAAUAUAUUCUAUCAAAAUCACCUUUUUUAAAUGCCUUUUUCAGAACAACUCUAGCUACCACGCUCAUUUCUGGCGGAAAUGCUCGUAAUGUUCUUCCAACUUAUGCUUCAGCCAGAAUAAACAUGAGAAUCGCACCUCAAGACACAACUGAAAUGGUUUAUCAGCAUGUGAAUUCAGUCGUACAGAGUGUUGAUCCUGAUAUAACUGUCCAGUGCCAAAAAAGGGUAGAGCCUAAUUCUUUCAAGGAUCCGAAUAACAAUGUCUUUCUCAAUUUUAGCAAAGUUAUUCGUUCAAUUUAUCCAGAUGUCCCUGUUAUACCAGGGGUUUUUGUCGCCACUACUGAUACCAACCACUUUUUAGAAUUGACUGAUUACGUCUACAGAUUUACACCCAUUACACUUACUCUAGAUAGCAUGAAUACUAUCCAUAACUUCAACGAGCGAAUACCUAAGCAGUCUUAUAUGAAUAUUAUAAACUUCUAUUUCCAGCUUAUCAUUCAAAUGGGCUAGAUGCAUAAAAAGGUAUUUUUGUUUUUUCUAGUUUUAUAGAGUUUGAAAAGUUCGUCCUUUUCACUAUAGUUCUGGGAAAUGAGCGAUAAUACCAUCGAGAGAGAUUCUUGGUCUGAACCAGAUGAGCAAGGUAGCUCAAUAGAUACAAAUAGCCGCCUCUCAUUGGACUUGUUAUCUGACAGGAUUAAUGAUGAGUAUUUUGCUUGCUAUCGUUGCAAGACCUCCAUUUUCUCCCAGUAUGGCCAAUUGUACAUUAAUCAAGAUUAUAUCAGGUUCAAAUCACCUUCUUCUACUGUCAAAAUCAAAUUCAAGAACAUAUUGUCGAUCAAAGGGGUGUUGUCCCUUUCUUUUAUAGGCUCGGAUGGAAUUGAAAUUAAAGGUUCUGGGAAUAUCGAGCUGAAAUUGUAUUAUUUCGACAACUUGAACGAAUCGCUGAAAGUCAUUUAUUCCGUUUGGAUUGAGCAUAUAGAAAAAUUGACUCAAUAUGUAGAAAGGAAACUUCUCACUGCUUUCGAGAGUACAAUGGAAAACACAUCUUUUAAAAUGGGCGAGCACAGAAACGAAGAUGAUAAGAUAAUUUAUGAAGAUUGGCGUUCUAUGAUGAGCCUGAGCUCGAAUCAGAAAUUUUGUUUUUUCCAUGAUGUACCCUAUGUCGGUGCAAUGCGCAAUCGAAACAACAAAUUUAGCGAGGAUUUGAGUGACUGUUCUUUUCACUCGAUAAGUUUAAGUUCGCCGAAAUCUAAAAAACGUCUUUUGAAUUUGAAGCUUCAGUCUGAGUAUUAUCAGAAGUUGUUCAAACUUCCAAAAACCGAAACACUUUUGUUUAAGCAGCAAGCCUGUUUUUAUAAUGAUAAUGGGUACAAAAAAGGCUGGCUGUUCCUUUCUAAGUCUUUUUUGUGUUACUUUUUCCCAGCUGAAAAGUUGUAUUUUGUCAUACCCUUGGUGUUCAUUUUCGACCUAAAGUGGACAAAGGUGAAUAUUCCCGUUAUUGAAGGUGGAGUAUUAAUUUGUACAGAGUUGGGAAAAUUUUUUUUUCUCGUUUACAAUACCCAGACAUAUUCUGCGAUUAAAGCGGCCAUCAUCGAUGUUGUCGUAGGCGUGAAUAUUUCAAUUUUAACGAACAUACUGGUUGGAAAAAAGAUAAAUUACAAGGAAUUUUUGAAUUCUGGAUCAGGGAAUAGAAGUUCAUUGCUUUUACCCGAUUACGUAAUUGAACAAGGCGAGAAGAAAAAAAGAUGGAUUCAAUAUUUUCGGAGAUAUGGAGUUGGAGUGUCUAUAAUUCACACGCCCGAACUUUACUCGCUUAUUCACUUGGGAGUUCCUGAUUCCUUGCGAGGUUUUGCUUGGAAAUGCUUUUCCGGUUUGGCUUAUAGAGUCAUGAAUGAAGAAAAAACAUACGAAGAGAUUUUGGAGGCUGCGUGCAUUCAGGAAGGGAACGGUAGUGACAACUUGCAUGCAAAAGCAGAAAAAAAAAUCUUAGAAGUAAUCGAAGGCGAUUUGAAGCGAGCAAUGCCAGAGCAUCCUUAUUACCAGAAUGAACAGGGUAUUGAUUGUUUGAGAAGAGUGUUAAGAACGCAUGCAUAUGUUAAUCCGGAAGUAGCUUAUUGCCAAGGUAUGAACAUCGUUGCUAGCGUUUUGCUGCUUUAUGUUAGCGAAUCUGAUGCUUUUUGGCUCUUGUUGCAUAUAUGCGACGACAUUAUGUCUGACGUUUGGAAGCCAUCUAUGCUUGGGGUAACAGUGGUAGCAGAUGUACUAAAGGGUAUUAUUGAAGAAAAUAAUCCUAGAAUUUCAAUCUCUCAAUCUUGCCUUAAUCUAUUGGUUAUGAACUGGCUUCCUAGACUGUGCAUCGGUGCGAUUCCUCUGGAAUACGCUCUAAUUGUUUUAGACAACGUGCUCGUUUAUGGUAUAAAGGCUGUGCUAUGGCUACUUUAUGCGGUGGUAGUAACCAUUACUUUAAAAAAACGAAAUGAUUUGUUGACGUCUCAGGAAGAAAUGGUUAAGGUUCUGAUGUCUAUGUCUGACCGAGAUACUUUGAAAAACUCAGAUUUGAAUUUAGAUGAAAUAUUUAAAUUGUGCUUUUCAGAAAAAACUACACAGCUGAUAAAUGGCCAUAAGCUGAACUUUUUGAUCGCAGGUAAAAAAUCCAGAUUACUGAAUCAGCUCAUAUACAAUGCAGAUCUACAGGAUAAGAGUGCUCCAGAAUGAGUCAUAGAAUGUGGACAGAAAACAUGCUUAAGAGUCGUUUUCAACUGAAGACUUUAGCGCAACAUUCAUUUUUGCAUUUUCUGCUCACAAUUUGUUUCGGUUGAUUGAUUGCUACGUUCGCUUAUGAGUUGGCUAAAAAGGCCGAUCACAGGUCUAAUUUGAAAACAUAUGCUCGGUUGCACUUCCGAUGUGGAAUAUACAAAGUUGCGUUUAGAGUUGGUUUUGUCAUUUUUAUUUGGGUUAUUCAAAUUGAAGAAUGAACUGAACUCAUCUACGAUCUGCAGACGACAGCAACAGGAUCAGUCAUUUUUAAAAAGCAUUGUUCAAAAUUUUAUAACAAAAUUGAAAACCCAUCGACAUUUCGAAAUUGGCCUGGCCUCCUUCAACAUGCUUGAAGAUUUUUCUGUAUGGGGAAAAUACACAAGACUGCACUUUGAGCGUUUGUUUCUUGUAGUCAAGAAAUAAUGAAAAAGACCAGACGAUCGGGCCUCUGAUGAAUUUGAAAAACUGCUUGAGGAGGAGACGAGAUAACACAUAACACGCCUUCAAAAAAUAGUUUGCAAGGCGUAGGUAGAUGUUUAUUGAAGUCAAAAAUUCAACAGUUAUUUUGAGAAUGAAUCUACAUUGAUACAUUAAAUGCGUGAGACUACUGUAUGGCUUCUAUGUGUUUUGUGUCAAAUGCACUGCCACAGUUGGAUACCAGAAUUGGCGUUUCUGAGCUGCGUUGACCGAAAUGAAAUGCUAUAGAUGAAGAGAAUGCCUCGGACAGCAUUAAAUUUGUCGAGACAGUCGAAUUUCUUGACUAAGGGCUUGCAUAUUAGUCAUGUAGACCUGAAUAAUAACAUUUUGGCAAUCCCAACGGCAGCCCUGGCGGCAUUACCUUACCAUUAUGAACCUCCCAAAAUACUUUCAUAGUUGGGAAUAUGAAGCCUGAGGACCAUUGGCUGGUACGGGGUGCGGUGUGUUUUCGGUCUACUAUUUCGUUCAGCUUUCCGGACAUAGCCAAAUUCCGCAUUUUUUGUAUAUCAAAUUUGUGUUUUUGCGACAGAUCAGAAUUGGGCUCGACCAUGUAUAGAGGCUGUUUUUCAGGCGGCAGCAUCCUUUCUACAAUACUUUUCAAUCCGUUCCAUAAUUGAGAAUAAGUUCGGCUGGCAACGGUGUGCGCAUGGAUUAACUCGUCUGCGUACCGAUUCCACCUGUCAUAAAUCGAAUUAUACCGUAUUGGAGUUAUGUCAUUGGUUUUUUCUAUUAGGACCUUUUUCCCCUGAGCUUCUGCCUUAGCUAUAUCCUCGCCCACGUCGACAAGGCACUCGGCUAAAUCGAUGAGAGUCGGAUCUGUGAACGUAACAUCGUUGUCGAUGACAUCUUGUACUUGCAUUUCAAGGUCAUCGAUAACUGUACCGACAUUUCCGUACAUAUCUUUACCUUGAAAAAUGUUCGCAAAUCGACCGGUGGAUCUGUUUUCUGAAUCCCAGUCGAGCUGCCCAAUUUCAUACGCUCUAGAUGUGUUGAUUAGAUUCUCAUUAUUAGGCUCAACAUAGGGUACUGGAGGAACUCGUACAAUUGCAGGAUUAAAUUUAAAUUCUGCCAACUUUUCAAAUGGCUUUGUAUAAGGCGGACAACUAAUUGAAGAACCCACCAAUGACUCGAUCACCCCGAUAAAAGCACCGCCGACGAUAGCUCCUCUUUUGAAAGUAGCUGCCACUAAAAAAGGUCGUUUACGACUUGUAAGAAAAGCGAUAGAUAAGUCAUUUCCGUUUGUAUUUUUAGAACGUACUAUUUGUUCUUUUCAUAGACAGUAUACCCCCCGACAAUGCUCCCGCCACGAGGGAGGUCCAAAAAUCCGGAAUGUUGUAAUCAUCUAGAAAUCCACUGAAAACCUCAAAAACAAAUUGAAAAGCUCCAAAAUUCAAUAUCAUUCUCAAGGAGUUUUUAAUAGCUCUUCUCUUAUGAAGUUCCAGAACACUCAUGUGUAAGCCUCCUGUGUCGCCGCGCCGAGCCUUUCUCAUUUUAUGGAUAUGGGGUAAACCAUGUGCGAAUAUACUAAUAAAGCCACCGAAAGUAGCACCAGUUACAAAA